UCAGUUUUUCACUGUCAGCUGGAUCAUCAGCUGUCUCACAUGACCCCCACAUGUGCAUCAAAACACACAUCCUAUCAUUUCAAAAUAUCAACAAAAAAAAAGCGAAAUCGCCGAUAGUGAUGAACGAUAGACUUUUCAUUUUUUCAAUUACCCAAUUCACACGCAAUUUAUAUCCGUGAUUGCACGAAGUGUUUCUACAGUGUCAUAAAAAUUUGUAAACAAUAGUAACAACAUAAAUUAUCGCAAUGGCAGACGUUAUGAAAAUCCGGGAAUACUUGACGACUCAAGUUAUUGAACUUGAGACGUUGCAAGCUGUUUAUCCGGAUGAAUUAGUUAUAUCGGAUCAUGGUGCAUUGGCUGACAUCAAUGCAUUUAUUUCUGGCGGGCAUGAUGAUAGUCCUGGACGAUUAGCAUACUCAAUAAAAAUAACUGUGCCCGAGGGCAGUGUGGAUCUCCACAUAACACUACCACCAGAUUACCCAGGUGUCAGUCCAGACGUAUAUGCCAGGGGUUCAGCCCUCGAUCGCACCCAGCAAACAAAAUUGAACGACGCACUGAUAGGUUUUGCCAAGACUCAAGAUCCCGAUGAACCGUGCAUUUAUGUCCUCGUCUCCUGGAUGCAGGAUCACUUGGAUAAAUACUUAAAACACUCGAGGAAAAAUAACGAGAAGGACAAUAGGAAGAAUAAGAAAAAGAGUACAAAACCGAAAGUUUUCGGUCGUUAUUGGAUUUACAGCCAUCACAUUUAUUCCAAUAUAAAGAGGAAGGAUAUGGCUGAUGAGGCUAAGGAGUGUGAAUUGUCGGGCUUCUGUUUGGCUGGGAAGCCGGGGAUUAUUUGUAUCGAGGGAGCUCUGGAGGACUGUGAAUAUUGGUGGCAGAAGAUAAAAGUGAUGAACUGGCACAAAAUAUUAUUAAAACUAGUUGAAGAAGAGAAUUUAGACGGUAAAGAUGUAAAUACAAUGCGUAAAUUCACGGAAUUCCAAGAAAUAUCAUUCCCAACAACCGAUAAACACAACGACAUGGGACAACUGUUCAAAUACCUAACCGAGCAUCAAUCCCAGCAUGUGUUUAAAGAUUUCUUCGGUGUAGAGGGAAAAAUGACCAAUAACAACAAUUAAUUUAAGCACACAGAAACUAUGAUAUUUUUUUACUUUUCUUAAGAAUUACCACAACGAUUCCAUUUUCUUUCUAAGUCCUUGUCAAUUUAUUGAGAGUUUAUAAGUUAUAAUAAAGAGUGUUACCUGUUUCAUAA